UGUUCGUGGUAGUUACCCAACACGAUGGUGUAGUCUGCCGGACACACUGAGGCCCAGGACUUAACUCUUAUACAGUUUACAGUAUUAGGAAAACAAAGAGAUAAUAAUUAACAGACAACCAGGAAACGUAUGCAGUGAAAGUGACGAGACACCUUUGUGUAAAAGACGUCUGGAGGAACAGGGGAAGAAAUGAAUAUCACCAGAUCACUGUUAAACAUUGGCACAAAACAAGGUGGCAUUGGAAGUGUGUUUGGCCAGCAUGUAGUACCAAGAGGACUGUCACGUACAACACCGGUGUGUUGUGCCCGGUUAGCUGAGAACACAAGUGCCAGUCCAUCAUCAGGCUCCAGUUGGUUACCUCAAACUGGCUCCUCGCCAAGAUUAUUCCACACAUCGAAUUUGUCGUAUUCUCAGCCUUCAAGUGAACUAACUGUUGGAGAACCAGACCGACUAUACAGCCAAAUAGAAGUUGAGUGUCGAGGUCAUGAGCCUGCAGUGCUGCGCUCCUACAAUACAUUUGUCUCCACAGCUGCUGGUCAUCUCAGUAUUCCAGUGGAGGAUGUUUUGUGGCCAAAGAAACACAUCAAGCGCUGGACUUUACUUAAAUCAGUUCACAUUUAUAAACAUCAUCGUGUGCAGUAUGAAGUGCGGACACAUUUCUUGGUAAUGAAGUUUGCGAGACUGACGGGCUCCACGGCAGACACCUUCCUCGAUUACAUCCAGAGAAACCUGCCAGAAGGGGUAGCCAUGAAGGUCACCAAACACGAACUGCAUAAACUUCCAGAACACGUCAAGCCAUCAUCAGAAGUAGUUGUCUAACAGUAAGUUAGUUCAUUGCUAAGAAGUUUAAAAUGUACAUAUUGCCAAUGUAACACACACUCAUAAGAUAUUGAUGGUGAAACUCAUUCAAAGUCCUAUAACUAUACUGUACUGCACAGUACUAUAUGAAUGAUGAUGCUAUUAAUUUCUCAAUUUACUUAAUAAUUAACUGUAAUUUUUUUGCCAUUUUUAUAGUACAGUAUCAUAGAUUAAUUUAUAGUAGCAUCAUCUAAGCAGUUACAUACAGUUAUUUUAUUCCAUAGUAAUAAAAACACAACAAACAGUUUCAUGUAAUAUAGUAGAUUGGAAAAGUUGUUAUUAGUUCAGCUAAACAAGGUUUAUUGGAAUUACAGUACAGUACAGGUUGGACUCCACUAAUCCGGGACCCAAUAGUCCGGCAGCUUCGAUGGUUCGGGACGGUGUUUGAACCUGGCUGUCGUUAGUUUACGUCUGUCAUAGCUCACUUCCAGUGGGUCUUGCCACUAUUUUACCUUUAAAUACUUACAAUUGACCCCUAAGUAUGCCUCCUAAGAGACCAGCAAGCAGUGAAAAUGGUUGUAAUGUGGCAAAACAUAAGCAUGUGACAAACUAUUUUAGAAAAGGUGUCUAUACUGAACAAAUUAGACAGUGGUACAUGAGUCAGGGCAUUGUGUGCAGAAUAUGGUGUUGGUUCAUCGACUGUGUACACUUUGUCAUAUAGAGGUCCAGUAAGCCUGGGCUAGAGUUAUGCUUAUGUAAGUUGUAUUGGUACCAGUAAUAGUACAUUUUGUGCAUUAUUUUGCCUCUUUUUUUUUUAACCUCGGCUUUGAUGGUUCAGAAUUUUCGCAAAUCUGGAACCAGUCUGGUCCCAAGCUCCCCAGAUUAUUGAGGUCCAACCUGUACCAUAUUAUAUGGUGGCAUUUUUGCCAGUGUCCAUAUUGAGAACUUUAUACUGUUUAUCUGUGGAGGAAGAAGUCCCAUGAAAAAGGUUUUUUAUAUAUAUAGUGUAUAAAUAUGUACAUAUUGUGCAUACGGAGAUGGAAUAAAUAGUAGUUCAAAAGCUGCAGAAUGUUUUAUUUAUGCUAUGAUAAUGACAAGGCUGUUUCUUCAAAAUAGUACAGUACAGUACAGUAUAUUCAGCGGUUAUUCAUAGUUUUUUAGUUUCAUGUGUUGAAAAGUUCUAAGUCUCAAAGUUAUUAUAUUCAUAGUGAAUUAAUGUCACGUUUCCAAAUUAUUAACACCUUAAUAGGAGCCAUUAUUAGAGAAAGUUUCAUGUCCAUUUGUGUAUAUGGAGGGAGAAUCCUGAGCUGCCAGUUAAAGAUUUUUUUCAUCUUUCUUACAUUAGUGCAUUGUGGAGUUGUGGUGCAUUAGUUAACUCUCACAGAUGUUAUAGCUUAAAGUUAAUGGUUGUAUUGUGUUAUUUUGCUGUUGGAUGAUAAUGUACGUGAUGAUGUGUAAACCACCUGGAUGUCUUGGAUAAGGAAACACCUGAGGACUCAACUGGUUGGGCAGCUUAGUAGCACUGAUGACAGUAUGUGAGGGAGCGUGUGUUAAGUAGUUGAUUGUAACCUCCACAGUACACACUGGGAUAGUUGUUGAUUGUAACCUCCACAGUACACACUGGGAUAGUUGUUAAUUGUUUACCUGCACACUACACAUUGGGAUAUGAGUGAGUGUGUAUACCUGUAGUUGUUGAUUGUAACCUCCAAACAACAUGGCUUGUAAGAGUGAAGCUGUGUUUGUUUUUUAGCUUUAGUUAUGGGUUAAUGAUACAACAUGAUUAUUGUCGCAAUGACCUUUCUUAUUAUGCAAAUUAUCUUUGGCACACACAUACACUUACAGCCAUCCAGUAAAGCAGAAUGGGAGACAAAAAAUAACCUAGACUGUACUAUAUCUGAAGAGUCUUAACAUUUGUCAGCAGGCCUUAACAUGGUGAAUGCUUUCCUUCAAUUGUUCCUUUUCAGUUUAUGCAUAUGACAACUUAAGCUAAAGACUUAACAUAACAAACAAUAAUAAUUCGUCAUAAAUAUAACUUAACAACAAAACAAAAAUCACUAACACCAGGUACAGUUCAGUGAGAAGAUAGGCGAGUUAUUUUCUGAUUAUAACAGUUGCUUCAUAAAUUACAGUACUGUACUGCACAUUGUUAUGAAAUAUCAGGAAAUAAAGGUUUCAUUACUUAAUA